UGGCCCUGGAAAAGGCAAAAAGACAAAAAAUAAAUAAAAAUAAAGUUUUUUCUUGUUUCUUAUUUUUUUUAAUAUUCUUUAUAUACAAAGAACAUUCCUUUUUAUCCACCAUAGUAGAUGUUACAAAUAUAUUCUUCCAUUUUGUGUUUUGCUUCUCUACUUGCUUUUGAUGUUUUCAGGUAUACAAACAUAUAACGUUUGUAUAUUUAGUCAGCCAAAUCCUUCAGUAGUUUUCUCUGUUUCUCCUCCUCCUUUUUUUUUUUUGGCCAUGCCUGCAACAGGCAGAAGUUCCCAGGCCAGGGACCACAUCACAGCAUUGACAAUGCCAAGUCCUUAACCCACUCAGCCACUAGGGACCUCCUGUGACUUCUUCAACUUCUCUUUUUUUUCCCCUGUGACUUCUUUUUUUUAUUGAAGAGGGGUUUUUCUGUUUUGGUUUGGUUUUUUUGGCUUAGAAUAUGUUUCCCUGUUCAAUAUUAGAUGGUAAGAAUAUUUUCUUACAAUUUUAAUAUUUUUACAGUUAAAACUCUGUGACAGUGUCUGUUUAGUCUUUUAUUCUAUACCCAGUUCUAUGCUUAAAAUGUUCUUUAUGUUUUAAAUAUCUGAUCAAAUUUCUUCAUCCUUAAAAAAGAACCUUUCUGCCUGAUUUUUUUGUGGGUAAAAUAGAACCACCUCUCCAGAUUUCCUGAGAACAAUCCGGUUGUACUUUAACUAUGACUGUAUUAGCCUGUUAAUGAGCUCGAGAAGCAGUGACAUUUUCCAGUACACAGAUUUUUUUUUAAUGGAUGUGGUGACCGUAACCUGAAGCCUGAUCAGAAUCUAGGUGAGUGUUUCUCAAACAUGAGGUCUGGUGUCCCCAGAAGAUGGUGGCAAAAUCCAGUUUGAGAAAUAUCGAGCUGAAUAAUCGGGUGUGUGCUGGGGGGGAAUGGAGAAUCUGCCUUUGAGAGGUUUUCAUGUUAGGGAUUUUAAUCACCGUAUUGCUGGUUGGCCUGCCAGGUGCCAGGCUUCUGCCAGACUGACCCGCAGAGGUGCGGAAGGCAUAGUCCUUGCUCCUAAAGCGUAGACUUGGUUAGGGUGGAAGCCUGGGGGCAAAUGAUCGCACAGAGCAGGGAGAGAGGAUACAGAAGGACGGGGUGUCUCGGGACAUAGGAGGCCUGUGCCCAGUCUUGUGGGAGGGAUGGGUGUUUGCUGGUAGGCUGGAAAAGUCUUUUCACAAAGAGGGAAUGUGUGCUGAGAAGUGAAAUGAUGGGAGUUUUGAGAGUAAUGGUUGGUAGUUUACAUGCUUGAAGCAUAAGGGGCAAGUUAUGGGAAGCAGGGAGGUGACAGGUCCCUCUGGAGGGGCGCUGACUGCCCAGUAGAGUUGGUGGGUGUGGCCUCCACCCUCCAGCUGGGGCCUCUCGACUGUGACUGGAUGGUUUACGAUCUACAGUGACGUAAAAGGACGUAAAAUGGCUCAAGAUGACUCUCAAGUUGCUGCAAAGGUUUCUAAGUGUUCAUUCUCCUUUCCUCUAUUUUUUCUCUGAGUAGCAGCCCAACGGUGUCAUGAUCUGUGGGAAGGACACCAUGAGAGCCAGGAUGUCACCACAGGUCUCUCCAAAUAGAGGUCAAGGUGGUACCUGUGUCCACACAGGUGGUUGCCACUCAGAUGCUGAAAACCACCUUGUAAGUGCUACUGAGUCACUAAAGGAAAGUUACUAAAUAUUCUCCUGGUAUCUUUACCAUUGGAUUGUUUGAAUCUGUUUAAAUUCCUUUACUUUAAAACUUUUCCUUGUCAAAGUAAGUGAAUAAAAUGAAGUAUCUUAAGGCAGGUGAUUUUUUUUCCCUCUGAGAUAAAUGCAAUGGUUGUCAACCUUAGCUGAGUGUUAGGAAAGACUGGGACUCUAAAAUUGAUACCAAGGCUGGGCUGUACCCCCUCAGAUUAAUUUGGGAUGCACCCUCAGACUCAGGAUUUUCCAAAGCUGUACACCAAUUCUAAGAAAGCACAGUCAGCUUUCUCCCAUAGGGGCACGGAAAUGACUUAUGAAGUUUUCCUAUUGAGAACUUCUGUCAAAAAACAUAAGAUAACCAUUGGUCUCUCAAACUAUCUGUAUAGUCGAAUUUGAACCAGAACUAUCAGUUGAAUUUGAAUCUGUACCUAACGAUAUUAAGUACAAUAAUAUACAUCAGAUUUGUAUACACAUAAUAAGAGUCUUUUUCUGACCCUCUCCAUUAAGUAUUUUCAUUGCAAUUGGUGGUAUGCAUACUUUUCAGUAUAGCUUAUUCAGAUACUGGGAUAUGUACUCUAGCAUUAAUAAAUGCUUAUAAAUUAAAGCUUGUGAACUCUUGAUUUUUCUGUUGUCCACUUCACCCCUGCUAUCCCAGUUACUCCUACUGCAGCAGUGAUGGCAACAGUAGGGUAUUGUAUUAAUCUCCAAGUAAGAUUUGAUUUGAACAACUUGUCCUGAACAUGCCUAUUACCCAAGAUGCAACUGUUGCUAAUCUUUUUACAUAUAAACCCUUGACAUUAUUUACUCGGUUCUUUAGAGUAUUAAAAUUGCCGGUUUUGGAGUUCCUGCUGUGGCACAGUGUGUUAAUGAUCCAGCUUGUCUCUGUGGAGGCCCUGAUUUGAUCCCUAGUCUGCCCAGUGGGUUAGGCAUUGCUGCAACUGUGGUGUAGGUCACAGCUCCCACUCAGAUUUAGUCCCUAGCCCAGGAACUUCCAUAUGCCCCCGGGAGGUGGCUGAAAAAAGGGAAAAAAAAAUUUGUAAGUUUUUGGUUUAUAGUAUAGCACACCCCUUGAUAUUUUCUGAAUUUCCUGAUAGCAUACAACAGUAUCAGUAUAGAAACAUUUCCUAUGGUGAUUAGUCUAUUUACAAUGCCAAAAGCUAACUACCAUCUCCAAAGAUAAAACUAUUUUCCCCCUUACUUUGUUAGCAAGUUUUUCCUGUGCUGAAGGCUCUGAACAUUCAGCGAUUUACUUGUUCGCUAAGCACCGCUUGCACUGGAUACUGGUUAUAUGAAGUUUAAGCUCCCAGCCCUUCCUGUCAGGAGUGACAUGGUGCUAUGCUACUCUAUUGGCCUCCAAUACACAGACAGAACAGCUUUCCUAUAUGCAAAGUGAAAAUAAUUUUAUCCCCACCCCCCCCCCCAUCAUUUCCAGUAGGCUUUCUGUCUUGGAUACAUAUUCUUACUUGUUUAAGCUUCUCUCUUUCUCUUCCCCUCAUUUUUUAGAAGGUUAUAAUAUUAGUGAAUAAGACACUCUAAAUGUAGUUCUGGCAACUAUUUUGGGAGCCACAGACCAUUAUUUAAUCCCUGUGAGCCUCAGUUUCUGCUGCUGUAAAAAGUGAUACCAUCCCUGCCCAGUUUAUGUGAGUUGUUUAUGAGGGUUGUGAGGGAAGGUAUAUAUAACAUGGCAUCAGCAUUUUAAAUAUACAGUGAAAGUGUAAAUGGACAUUGUAAAAUAACUUUUCAAAGAGAAAGAAAGAAAAAAAAAAAAAAGAAUAAAAUGUGUGGUAUGUGUCCCACAGCAAAACAGUUAAGAGUUUCUGAAGCCCCAAAGUGAAGCUACACCAGAGUUAAAUUCCAUGGAAGUUUGCUUCCAUGAAGGAUUUUUGACUUUUUACUCAGGUCCUGAAAAAGCAACUUCCUGGGUUUUCUUUUCCUCCUACGGUCUCUCAGUGGCAGGGCUGCUUCCUGUCCAGAGCAGCCCUGCCCCAGCCUCUCUCUCUGUGCGGACUCUCCACCUCCUCUUUUUCUUUCAAACACUUAAUACAUUUAGAGCCUGAUCUUGUGCAGAAAAUAUCCCUGACAUUUGAGGAGCCCCGGGGAUGCAGUGAGCAUGCUCUGUGCUCCCUCCCGCUGGGAAGAGGAAGCUCAUUUGCAUACGAGUCAUACCAGGCAUAGUGGCGUGUGGGCGCCGCGGACUUGCAGCGGGCUGUGAGGGACGCGGGCGCCGCUUUGUCCUAGGAAAUGUGCUUCGUGGUUUUCUUCCUUGCUCCUUCCUUACGUCGAAGAAAGCUUCAUCAGGACUUCUGAAACGAUUUUUAAAUGCUUGAUUGAGGAUCCAGGACGUGUACCGUCUACAAAUAAACCCUUGAAGGGUUUUCUGCAGUUCAAUUUUUUGCGAGUGCGUUCUUUUUUCUUUCUUUCUUUCUUUUUUUUUUUUUUUUUUUAGCUUACUUUGUUUUGAUCAGCUGAGGCUGGGCCUCCGUCUUUGUGAAGUUUCAAGAGAAGAGCCAGGAGCUACUCAGCAAUAAUUGCUUUUUGAAACGUACUCUUUCAGGGCGAAAGCAAAGAGCUGGUUUUCUGCGCUAGCCCAAUAAAUGCUAUUUAUGAAGAUGGACCUGUUGAACUACCAGUACUUGGACAAGAUGAACAACAAUAUCGGCAUUCUGUGCUAUGAAGGUGAAGCUGCUCUCAGGGGGGAGCCCCGGCUGCAGACUCUCCCCGUGGCCUCGGCCCUCACCGGUCACCGCACGGGGCCCCCGCCCAUCAGUCCCAGCAAGAGGAAGUUCAGUGUGGAGCCCGGGGACGACGACCUGGACUGUGAGGGCGACCAUGCUUCCAAGAUGAGUCGCAUCUUUGCCCCCCACCUGCCUCCUGCCCAUCCAGUUUUGCGCUGGGGACCGCGUGCCAAGUUUGGGAGGCCCAAGGCUUUCUUGUGGGCGGACGCUGGGCUGUCUUCAUGCUCUUUGGCAAUGAUUAAAGUGAGGAGCAAGACUGCCAAUGGAGACUGCCGGAAAGACCCCCGGGAGCGGAGCCGCAGCCCCAUCGAGCGCGCCGCGGCCCCCACCAUGAGCCUGCACGGCAGCCACCUGUACACGUCCCUCCCCAGCCUCAGCAUGGAGCAGCCCCUCGCACUGACCAAGAACAGCCUAGACACCAGCAGGCCAGCCGGCAUCUCACCCACCCUGACCCCAGUGGAGCGGCAGCAGAACCGGCCCUCGGUGAUCACGUGCGCCUCUGCCAGCACCCGCAACUGCAACCUCUCCCACUGCCCUGUGGCGCACAGCGGCUGUGCGGCCAGCCCGGCCAGCUUCCGGAGGGCCUCGAGCUCCGCCACCACCUGUGACCCCGUGGUGGAGGAGCAUUUCCGCAGGAGCCUGGGCAAGAACUACAAGGAGCCUGAGCCGGCACCCAACUCCGUGUCCAUCACAGGCUCUGUGGACGACCACUUUGCCAAAGCCCUGGGCGACACAUGGCUGCAGAUCAAGGCAGCCAAGGACGGCGCAUCCAGCAGCCCCGAGUCGGCCUCGCGCAGGGGCCAGCCCGCCAGCCCCUCUGCGCACAUGGUCAGCCACAGCCACUCCCCAUCCGUGGUCUCCUGAAGGAGCGCUGCCCGCGAACAUGAUGCGGAUCUGCAUGGUUUGCCUGAGCUUUGAACAGUCAGUGCUUAAAAAAUGGGGCGGGGCGGGGGGAGUCACGGGGGUGGGGUGGGAGGAAGGGAGGGGUGGUUUAUUCGCAAAACCAUGACGUCGGGAUUUUUGUUGUUUUGUACUUGCUUGGUAUUUGUACAUGGGGCCCUCAAACAGCAGCAUCCGUGGUGGCACCUGUCCGAUGCAGCACCUAACUUCCUGCCUCAGUCACCAAAGAAACCCUGGUGCAGGGCUGCUGCCUGACAGGGGCCAGAACUCCACGGCGCUUUCAGUCACAGGCCAGGCCACUGGUGACCAGACGCUUUGUGCUUUCUCAUUUGCUUCUUGAGACCGGGGUGUGUGUGUGCUUGUGUGUGUGCGUCUACUUGAAGAGAACGGAACUGUCGUGUCUGAUUUGCACUAUGGGAGGAGGACUGAAGUUGCCUGCCUGACAACUUGGUGCAAGAUGGGCAGACUGCUGAAAACCAGAGGGUUUAAGGAUGACAUUUCUGACCAUUUGUGUGGGGGUUUUUUGGUUGUUUUUAAAAUUUAGACAAAACUGCUUUGGAAGGGGAAGUCUCAUGCAGGUUAUAGGUCUUUCUCUGUCUAGAUAUCAGGUGCUUGCAACUGGACUGCAGACUCCACCAAUCACGGGCAUUUUACCUUUUCUAAACACUGCAGUUUGUUAGACUAGAGCUGAGGUUGGAGGAUUCCGUAGUGCUUUAAACGUGAUGCAUGUUUUAAUGGAUAAAAAUAGCUGGUUUCUAUUAAUUGUAUAGACAGUAAACAAAAACAUUAAUACUUUAGCUUUUCAGAGUUUGUUUAUUUUUGUCAGUUACAGUCCUAGAUAUACUUACUGCUGGUACAGUUGUACUCUAAGAUUUGUGUUUGAUAUUCACGUUACUCCCAAGUGGCGCGGGCCCUGGAGAAGGGCAGGCGAGUGGCUGGUCAGCCGUGGGUAGGAUGCUGGAGUUUUUGGCCGCAGGCUGACCUCAUCAUUUAUUUUUUGCAUCCGUCUGCUUAUUACGCAUCUUAGGGGAGCUGGCAUUUGUGUCUUCCAGCCCCCUCCUCGCAGAAACUGCUCCCUUUGAACUCUUGGCUGAACAGCAGAUUCCUGACAAUCUGUGAUACGGGAUUUUGUACAUGUCCUUGUACACUGCAGCCAAGGCAGCAUACAUUCCUCUGACUUUACACAGUUACAACAGCAUUUAUUAUCGUUUGCUCUAGUAAUAGCUACUAACUAGAAAUUAGGUGAAGAAGAAAGCAUGACAGACCCAGCUGUGGAUGUUCAACAGCUGCUCCUCUUGAUAAAUGUUUCUAUGCGCCCCCCCCCCCCCCCCGCGCUACCUUCCCAUUUCGCCCACCAGGGCGCUUGCGCGCUCGCCUGGCUGCGCGGCACUGUGGACUCACGGGGGCCCUUGAGGCUGGUUUUCAGUAUGAGAAAGAUCCAGGUUAGCAGGUUCGUUUUGAAACGUGGCCUUGGGUGAAAAGGCGCGCGGACUGGCUCUUGUGGCCACAAGGCGGCUGCAGGUCUUUUAACAGGCGGGAGGAAAGCUGCCUCCUUGGGCCCCCCGCACACAUUUCCCUCCCACUUAACUGGGCUUCCAGGCUUUUGCAUUCAGGCCCCUAUAUUUUCUGUAGGAAAAAUCGUUGAGAACACUUUUUUUAUAUAGGUAACUUUAAGACCAUCAUUACGCUGUGCGUAAAGAAUGUACAGAGAAAUUUGUAGGUAUUUUUUGAAGAACAAUUAAUUUGUUAAUGAUAUGUAGCUAUUUAAUUUUUCCCUUUCCUAUUGUAAUCAUUCAUAUUUUUUUGUUUGGAAAAAAAAAGUUGAUCUUUUUUUUUUGUCGUAGAUUUGUCUGUAAAAGUGCAGGAACACAGUUAUUCUAUGAGAACACUGCAUCUGCCUUAAUAGCCACUAGUUUGUUAUUGCUACAGGCUACUGAGCGUCGCCACAGGAAAACUCCCCCGCUGCUGGCGGCUCUGUCAAGAAUAGGCUCCUCACACGCCCACCGUCCACCAGCGAGGCCAUCACUUUGGAGGGGACAAUGGCGCUGAGGGCCGGGUCCCCAGCGCGCUGACCUGUCUGGGAUAGGCGGCACCCGGGAGGAGGCCUUAGGCAGACGGGGAAGCAGAAAACCAAACAUGUCACCGGGAAGGGACACUCCCUGGCCUCGGGUGGGCACAGUGAGGUUCCUCACUGAGCCACGCCAUCUGCAGUGUGCUCUGACCAUUCUCUCCAUGUUUGUAAAUCUGUAAUAUACCAUUCUCUGUGGCCUGUUUUUCCUGGAAGAAGAAGAAAAAAAAAGGUUUGGCAGGCCAUCUUUUUUUUGUACUUAAAAGUAGCCUUAAGAACAAUAAUAAAGUGCUCUUAAACCACA